CGUAGACACAGGUCUACACAGAGAACAAUGUCAGAAACUUGAAUAUACACUCUCAAUCGUACUAAAGGCGUUGCUACAACUACAGUGCUGCUUGGCAUCUGUAGUGAUGGUAGGAUAACAACGUCAAGUGGAAGAAUUUUUACUACUGGGGUAUAAAGGACGGGCGCGCGCGGGUCACGGGCGCUCUCGUAGCAGACGAGGUUAAAUCCCUCGGAGUGUCCAGAAGCGUUUCAAGCCUUGCUGGAUUAGCAAGAGGACAUGGCCGACUCUCUCCGGAGGCUGGUGAACACAUCUUCCUUCAGUGUUCUGCAAGACAAACUUGAGUCCUGGUACAAAGACUAUCAUGUGGUGUCCUGUGAUCAGAACCUGAACAGGUGCUGUGAGCUGGUGGAGCUGACUGCCAAAAUCCAGAGCCAGCUCUUCAACAUCCUCAACCUCACUGCUAGAGAAGGUGGGCACUAUGGCGGAGUCGACACACUCAAAUCACGCCUGCUGCCCUGGUUGGGCACCUGCUUCUCCAUGGCAACACCCUCGGUCACCACGGACACCAGCCUCAACCUCAUCCAGGAGUCGGUGGAGAAAGAGAGGAAGAUCAGGGUGCUGUCAGCCUCCCAUGAUGAAGACAUGAACAAGAUGGAGGCUCAACUGAGCUCCACACGGCUGCAGCUGGACUCUGUCAAGCAGGAAUUGUCUGACGCCCAUAUGGUGCUGGACGACACCAAGAACAAGUCCGCCACCACCCUGCUGGCCACCGAGGAUGAGAUCCUGCAACUGAAGGAUGAGCUGCGGGCGGCGCAGGACCAGCUGGAGGUGUAUAAGAGGAAGGUGGAUGUUCUGGAUGAUUAUGAGAGGCAGGUUCGUCUGCUGAGGGAUGAGGUCAUUUUCCUCACUGCUGAGAAGAGCAUGCUGCAGGAGAGACUGAUCCGUAGCCGCUCCCCCAGCCCCCCCCUCAGGCGUUCCCGCUCCCCCAGCCCCAUGAGGGGGGAGUCUCCCACGCGGGCCCGCCUCACCCUCUCCUCCCGCCACGCCCGGCUGUUGUCUCGCUACGGCGACAUGUACGCCGUGGAGCGCCUGGAGGCCCAGAGCAUGCUGAGGCGUUACCACGACGACCUGGAGAUGGUGCAGAGGAUCCUGUUCAUCGCCACCGUGGAGUCAUUCCAGGCCGCUAAGUUGGCCUUUCGGCAGUUCCGUCUGCGUGUGAGGAAGACCCUGUCUCCCGCCCACCUGGGGCCCGGGACCCUGGAGGAGGCUGCGCUGGACUACAUCACCAGGAAUCUGGACCUUUACGACGUACAGGCCAGCGUUAACGAAGUCAUCAACGCCAUGAAUGUGAACCCUCGGAUCUCGUUCCCGCGGGAGGUGGACUUUGUCCUGAUCAGCAGCUUCAUCAGGGAGGUGUGCCGCGUGGCGUUCGCCAUGCAGACCCUCGACCCUCCACUGGACCUGGCCUUCGCCAGCGACGGAGAGCUCUACAACGACACCAGGUAUCGUCGUAGUUACGACUCGGAGUUCACCGCUCCGCUGGUGGUCUACCAUGUGUGGCCUGCUCUGAUGGAGGGAGACUUUGUGCUUGUGAAGGGAGAGGCAGUCACCAGGAGAGGAGCCCUGUGGAGGAGUCGCAGCAGGAGCUCCAGUCCAGUGCGGUCCCGUUCUGGUAGUCCCACCCGUACUCUGGGUGAGUACACACACUACUGAACCACGGCAACACUGAACCAUGGCUACACAGCUCCAGACUCUUUACCUUCUCCUCCCCUCUUCCUGUCCCCCCUAUCUCUCCCUCUUCCUCUCUAGGUUUUUAGCCACAACAGGAGUCUCUCCUCUGGCCGUCUGACCACCAGUCUCCUUUGAGGCCCUGCAGUUGACCAGACCCCAGGCCCAGGGGACACACCUCUCAGUACAUCUACAUUACUUCUUAUCAAUCAAAGUCUCAUUUUGAACUUUAACCCCGUUGGCUUUGACUGUCAUUGGUAUUUGUGACUCCUGUAUGCUAAUCAAGGAUCACCAGAGUGCUGUAGGCUAGAUUCUAUUUGUGUUAAUGUGUUUUAUGUAAUCUUUAACUAUUCACAAUGACCCUCAUCUAUAACAAUAUUUUACUACCCAGUAUUCAGAUUCAUGGUAAUAAUGUGAAUGACACCAUGUCAUAGUAAUGGUAGACCUGCACAUUAGCACUUUCCUAGUAUGUCCGAGUUAGAGUGGAGUUUAUCUUAUCUAACCCCUAGUAGACCAGUUUAAUCCCUGGUAGAUCCAUUUAAUUAAUCAAGACCUAAUUUAGAAGUGUAUCUAAUCCAAGCCCUG